AUGGGUAUUUUAAAAAAUAUUGAAGAUGGUAUUGAAGAACCGAUUGAUCCCUCAAUCGUAAUUCCUCAUAUUGAACAUGUUUUGAAUAACGAUACAAGUGUUCCUGUAUCAAGUGAUGAUGAUGAUGAUGAUUAUCAGCCGACUCACGUACAAUCUAUUUCGCUAUCGACAAAAACCAAAUCAAAUCGCGCACGUCGACAAAAACAAAUAUUAAGUCGAAUACCAAAACCAUUGUUACAAUCAAAAUUUCACGUGUGUUUUUUAUUGAAUUUGGCCGCGGAUUUGGAUGAAGAUUUUGCUGAAGUUAAUAUUAACGACUUGGUAGAUAAUACUGUUUCAGCAUUUGCCCAAUUACUUUUAAAUAAAAACAAAAUGAAGAUGUGGAAUGAAUUUAUUGAUUUACCGGAAGAGGAACAAGAACUUAUUUUAAAAAUGGCUGUGGAUCGUGAACAAACAAUUGCUGAAAAACAAGAAUUCGAUCGUUGUACAUCAAUCGAAUUGAGUAAUAGUGAUUGUUCAUUCUCUAACGAUGAUUCAUUUGAAACAUUUGUUGUUAUUGGAAAAACACAUACGAAUAAACGUGAUCGACGUCAUAAAAAUAUUGCAUAUUCUGCUGAUCAACGUUUCUACUCUAUCGAUUCGAAUAUUCGUUGUGUCUUGAAAAGCAUGCUAAAACGACGACAUUUACCAUUGGCGCGUAUUAUAUAUUUCGAAGAUGAUUUAAUACCAUUUUUUAAUGAACAUCCGGAUUCAGUAUAUGUUCGAGAUUUGAAUAAUGGUUUUGAUCGAAUGUUGUUGCAUGCCGUUUCGCAAUAUCUUAAUUUAAUAUCAAAAAGUUUUACGCGAGAUGGUGAACGUUAUACCCAAGUUGAAAAUCAUCGACUCAAAUUUAUUCCACCCACUACACUUUUGUCACAACAUAUAAAAACAAUUGGUGGAUUAAUGUCACAUGAAUAA